AUGUGUGCUCGAUCCAUUUUAAAUUUAUUACUCAAUAUGUUGUUAUCUAUUCACCAAUUUUUUAAGGGUUCAUUGUCUGCUUCGUUUCGAUUGCGUGGUGAGGACGACGUCAUAUUACCUCCAGGAUUUCGAUUCUGUUAUAAAUCCGAGAAUGCGGCAUGCGAUCAUGCACGAGCAUGUAUGGCGGAUGGCAUGGGAAGGAAAAGUUGUGUGUAA